UUGCCUUUUUGUUUCCAAUUUCUAGAUCGUGGCCAACGGAGAGCUUGCCCCUUCUCUGGGGCAAUAGACUCGGUGCUUGAUGUUCGUUUCUACGUGACUCAAGCCGCUUCAUCUACUUCCGCGUGUAGAAACCGAUCUGGCCCAUUCAAACCCUUCGAUCGCGGAAUGUGGAAUAUCGGCCUUUCCAGUUUUAUAUCCAGUUCAUUCUUUCAAGGACAACAGUUGUCGAAUGCUGAAAUCUCUUAGCUGAAUUUGAGCACCUGCAUGCUCUCAGGCUACCACCGAUUCGCCUUCAGCGUCAUUUCACAAGGAUCCCGUAGCCUUUUCCUAGUAUAG